AUAAAGCCAUAAUAAUAAUAACAAUACAACUAUUUUAUUUUAUUUUAUUGGGCUCAGAUUUUUAAAUUGAAAUGAGUUUUGUGAUGAUAGGAAUUAUAAUAAAGUUUGUUUCUUUAUUGCAUUGAAUGAAAAAUAAAAUUAAAAAUCUCUUCUUUUUGUCUUGGUGGAGGGUCUCACCCUCAUCUCACCUCUACCCAGAACAGUAAAUUGAAAAUAUUAUAAUAAAUUUAUAGUAAAUUUUAAAAAAGGAAAAAAGAUAAAGCAAUGGCAAUUGGCAAAGCAGAGAGAAAGAGAGAAGAAAAUGAGUGGGGAAGUGUGGGUUAUGUACUGUCUUAGCCUGUCCCCCCCACUUAACACAGUCUCUCUCUCUCUUUUAUUUUUAGUUUUAUUUUCUCUCACUAACUGUCUGAGUCUAAAAGGCAUUGGCUUUAUUUUAAUUAUUAUUUUUUUAUUUAUUUAUUUUGGCUUUUUUGUUUUCCUGUGCUUCCUAUGCAAUUGUCUGUGUCUGUUGUUUCUGCUCCCUCUAUUCAGUACCUGCAAAUGGGGGAGGAAUCAUACUUUGAAUUUCUUAGUUAUUAUUAUUUGAUACCCUCUCUUCUUUUUUCAAUCAAAGUUCCUUUCUUUAUUUAAAUCUUUUUUUGUAUUUUUUUAGUUUCUUCUUGGCCAUAGAGGCAUCUCAUCUCACCUCUCACUUUUUUCCAAACAUGUUUUUUUUGUUGUUUUUCUAUCUUCUCAUUUGCUCACAACAACUACUACUACCACUUCUUCUUCUUUUUCUUCUCAUUUAGCUUCAUGGGUACUCCUCAAAAUAUGGUUUUUCUCACCAAGGUUUUAGCUUUUUGGGUAUUCUUGUUCCACACUUGAUUACUCUAAAACCCCACUUGUUUUCUUUUCUUUUUUUCUUUGGUUGUUGAGAAGGGGUGGUUUGUUUGUUUGUUUGGUUGGUUGGUUGUUGCUAUUGUUGUAUUUCAUAAGGGUAUUUGUUCAUGGAAAUUGAUCUGAACCAUGUAGUGGCUGAGGUGGAGAAAAAUACAUUAUGUAAUGGAGAUUGUGAAAAGGGUAGUAGCAGUUGUGUUUGUUGUUUGUCAUCUUCAACUUCUUCAUGUUCUUCCAAUUCAUCUUCAGCUCCUGUAACUUCUUCAAUCUAUUUGGAGCUAUGGCAUGCCUGUGCUGGUCCUCUCACUUCACUACCUAAGAAAGGGAAUGUAGUUGUGUAUUUCCCACAAGGCCACUUAGAACAGGUUGCUCCUUUUUCAUCUUUGGAUUUGCCCACUUUUGACCUCAAACCACAGAUCUUCUGCAAAGUUAUCAAUGUUCAACUACUUGCUAAUAAGGAGAAUGAUGAGGUGUAUACUCAUGUCACUUUGCUUCCUCAACCUGAGUUGGUAGGAGUGAAACAAGAAGGGAAAGAGGUUGAAGAGUUGGGAGGAGAUGAGGGCAUUGCAGGGUCACCUACUAAAUCAACCCCUCAUAUGUUUUGCAAGACUCUAACAGCUUCUGAUACCAGUACACAUGGCGGGUUCUCGGUUCCUCGAAGAGCUGCAGAGGACUGUUUUCCUCCACUGGAUUAUAAGCAGAGAAGGCCCUCCCAAGAACUUGUCGCGAAAGAUCUGCACGGGGUAGAGUGGAGAUUUCGACAUAUUUAUAGAGGUCAGCCUAGGAGACAUCUACUGACUACUGGAUGGAGUAUUUUCGUGAAUCAAAAGAAUCUAGUUUCAGGGGAUGCAGUGCUCUUUCUGAGGGGUGAAAAUGGAGAGCUAAGAUUGGGAAUUAGGAGAUCUGUUCGGCCGAGGAAUGGUCUUCCUGAUUCAAUUGUUCGCAACCAGAAUUCUUAUCCUAAUGUUCUUUCACUAGUGGCUAAUGCAGUCUCCACCAAGAGCAUGUUUCAUGUUUUCUACAGUCCAAGGGCAACUCAUGCAGAAUUUGUCAUUCCUUACCAAAAGUUUGUGAAGAGCGUCACAAAUCCAGUGGCGAUCGGGACUAGAUUCAAAACAAGAUUUGACAUGGAAGAUUCACCAGAAAGAAGAUGUAGCGGUGUAGUGACUGGUAUUUGUGACUUGGAUCCCUAUAGAUGGGCAAAUUCAAAAUGGAGAUGCUUGAUGGUUAGGUGGGAUGAAGACAUUGGGAAUAGUCAUCAAGAGCGAAUUUCUCCAUGGGAGAUCGAUCCUUCUGUUUCUCUCCCGCCUUUGAGCAUUCAGUCUUCCCCGAGAUUGAAGAAAAUGCGGACAAGUCUGCAGUCAAACCCGCCCAGCAAUCCCUUAAUCGUAGGAGGGGCUGGGUUUUUGGACUUUGAGGAGUCAGUUAGAUCCUCUAAGGUCUUGCAAGGUCAAGAAAAUAUCGGUUUCGUAUCACCCUUUUACGGUCGUGAUACUGUAAACCACCCGCUAGAUUUUGAGAUGCAUUCUUCAGCUCAUCAGAGUCUAGCAGCAUUGAACACAACAAAAAAAUCAACUAUGAAUGAGUUCAUGAGAACUCAACCCACCACUUACACAGGCUUUGCGGAAUCUAGUAGAUUUCCGAAGGUCUUGCAAGGUCAAGAAAUUUGCCAAUUAAGGUCCCUAACAGGAAAAUCCAACUUCAAUCUUGGAGCUUGGGGAAAUUCCUCUCUCGGCAGCUGCACAUCUUUCAACUCAUAUCAAGCAGCCAAGCCCAAUUUUUACUCGAUGGCAUCGGAACCUUUACAAACCACAUAUUUUCCUUUCGGUGACAUUCGCAGAGCUGGGUCUAACCCUAGCAUUCGUUCGAAUGUUACCACUUUUCCUCGCGAGAAUGUCAACAUUAGUCCGUACACUAUUCAGACUGGGAUUGUAAGGAAUGAAGUUGGGAUACCAAAUACACCGAACGAGCUUAAGCCACAAGAAAGCAAUUCUGCUCUUCCUCUUCCCACUUUAGAAACAAAUCUAAGAAACCCGAAAGAUGACAGUUUUGGUGGGAGUGUUAGUAGCUGCAAGCUUUUCGGUUUUUCCUUGACAGGGGAAACUACCACACCGAACUCUCAGAGUUCCAAUAAGAGAAGUUGCACCAAGGUUCACAAGCAAGGCAGUUUAGUUGGGAGAGCCAUUGACCUCUCGAAACUCAAUGGCUACGGUGAAUUGCUGAGUGAACUCGAGUGGUUAUUUAACAUGGAAGGCCUACUAAAAGACCCUGAUAAAGGUUGGAGGAUCUUGUAUACCGACAGUGAGAAUGAUGUGAUGGUUGUUGGAGAUGAUCCAUGGCACGAGUUCUGCAAUGUCGUUUCGAAGAUCCACAUACAUACCCGAGAAGAAGUGGAGAAGAUGUCGUUUGGGGUGACUAGUGAUGAUCAAAGCUGUUUGGAGCAAGCUCCAGUUUCGAAAUCUUCAUCGGUCGGCCAGCCGGACUCUUCUCCAACUGUUAUCAGGGUUUAAGUGUGUCUUUACUAUUGUGUUUUCUUCUUCUAUGUCUUCUUGAGUAUCAAGUUUGCACAAGAAACCUGGUCAUGUAUCUAUCUAUUUUUAAGUCCUAAGUUCAGUAGUUGAAUAUUGUAAUGCCAUAAAAGGUUAAAACUCAGCUGUGAACCUUUUAAAGAUUGGUCUUAUUUCUGUAUUAUGACUGGUCAAGAGUAUGAAGUGUUGGAUUUGCAAUA